AGUAUUAGGACCAAACUCAAGGAUCCCCAUUCCCUAUAGCAGCACUGCGGUUUGCCCUGUUUGGUAGCAAGAAAACAUCAUUGCAAUCUUGCAUUUCUUGCCGCUCCCAAUCCUUCGUCCUCGACAUCCACCUAGUGUGACCUUAAGUUUGUGAGGGUCUUCCACAAAGAAAGGGAGAAAGUGUUUUGUGAGGAACCAGCCAGAGCCGGAGAUGACGGAGACCGUGGUAAGCAUGGCGAGGUCCAUGCUGGGGGGUGCCAUCAGCAAGGCUGCCUCUGCCGCGGCCGCCGAGCUGAGCUUGGUGAUGGGUGUGCAGAAGGAUAUCUGGUUCAUCAAGGACGAGCUGAAGACGAUGCAAGCGUUCUUGGCGGCUGCUGAAGCAACAAAGAACAGAGACAUGCUACUGAAGGUGUGGGCAGAGCAAGUAAGGGACCUGUCCUACAAUAUAGAAGAUUGCCUUGAUGAAUUUAUGGUUCAUGUGAGGAGCCAGAGCCUAACAAAACGGCUAAUGAAGCUCAAAGAUCGUCGUCGGAUUGCUAUCCAAAUUCGCAACCUGAAAUCAAGAGUUGAAGAAGUGAGCAGCAGGAAUGCACGCUACAACUUGAUUAAGACAGAGGCCUCAACGACCAGUGACAAGGAGGUUUCUUACAUAGAAGAUGUACGUAAUCACUCAGCAAGCAACACUGAUGAAGCAGAACUUGUGGGCUUUACCAAGCCUAGGGAGGAGUUGAUUAAGCUUAUGGAUGUCAACACUAGAGAUGGUGAUGCCAAAGUUAUUUGUGUUGUUGGCAUGGGUGGUUUAGGCAAGACUACUCUUGCAAGAAAAACUUAUGAAAGUAAGGAAGAUAUUGUGAAGAAUUUUCCUUGCUGUGCUUGGAUCACAGUUUCACAGUCAUUUUACAAGAUAGAAAUGCUCAAGGAUAUGAUCAGGCAACUUCUAGGUGGAGAUUCACUGAAGAACUUGUUGAAAGAACUUGAAGGGAAGGUGGUGCAAGUAAAGGACCUCGCCGAGUACCUCAAUCAAGAGAUUAAGGAUAAGAGGUACCUUAUUAUUCUUGAUGACUUGUGGACCAUAGAUGCAUGGAGGUGGAUUAAAGAUAUUGUUUUUCCUAAUAGUAACAAGAAAGGUAGUCGGAUAAUAGUAACAACACGUGAUGUGGGCUUAGCAAAGGAAUGUACUCUUGAAUCCCUUAUAUACCACCUUAAAACUUUAGAGAUAGUCGAAGCCACAAAUUUGCUACUAAAGAAGAGUAGGAAAACAAAUGAAGAUAUGACCACAGAUGCAAACUUCAAGAGCAUAGUGGAAAAACUAGUUAAAAAGUGUGGUUGUUUACCACUGGCCAUACUCACAAUUGGAGGGAUCCUUGCCACUAAAAAAAUAGUAGAGUGGGAGCACGUCUAUAACCAACUCCCGUCUGAGCUUGAGAGUAACCCCAGCCUUGAAGCAAUGAAGAUGAUGGUUACUUUGAGUUACAACCACUUUCCAUCUCAUCUUAAGCCAUGUUUCUUAUACCUAAGCAUCUUUCCUGAGGAUUUUGAAAUCCAGAUGAGGCGUCUAGUAGAAAGAUGGAUUGCUGAGGGAUUGAUUAGGGGUGGGACUGGGGUGAACAUUGAGGAUGUGGCAAAAGGUUAUUUCAAUGAGCUAAUCAACCGAAGCAUGCUUCAAGCAUCAAGGGUGAACAUAGAAGGAGUUGUGAAGAGCUGUCGAGUCCAUGAUAUUGUGCGUGAUGUCAUGAUCUCAGUUUCUAGAGAUGAAAAUUUUGUGCAUGUGGCGGGAAAUAAUGUAACUGGUGCUACGGAGGAGACCUUCCGACAUGUAGCAUACCAUGGUAGCAUGUGCCAAAAGAUAGAUAUGGAUUGGAGCCACGUCCGGUCAAUAACUGUGUUUGGCGAGAGACCAUUGCGGCCAUCACCUUCAAUUUGUUCACCUGACAUGAGAAUGGUCCGGGCCUUGGAUCUAGAGAAUGCACAGUUUCAAGUCACACAAAAGGAUAUCAGCAACAUAGGAUUGUUUCGCCACUUGAAGUAUCUGAAUUUUUCUGAUCCUCGAGAAUAUUCACAUAUUUAUAAACUUCCUAGAUCCAUAGGGAAAUUACAAGGCUUGCGCACUUUGAACAUUAGAGACAGUUAUAUUACAGAACUGCCAACUGAGAUUUGUAAACUCAAGAGUUUACACAGUCUGCGUUGUACCAGAAAUAGUUUCUAUGAAUACUUUGACCUGGAUCAACCCGUGAAAUGCUUGCUUGUCACAUCUUUAGUGCCCAUUCUGUUCACACCUUUGGUUAAUCCUAGUGAGCGUGCUGAGGUAGUUGCUGAGCUACACAUGGCCUGGUCUAGCCGUUGGUCAGGGUCAAUUGGUGUGAGGGUGCCAGAAGGAAUCGGCAACCUGAAAGAGCUGCAAAUACUAGAGGUCGUGGACAUCAGACGAACUAGCUGCAAAGCAAUUAAAGAGCUAGGUGAGCUUGUGCAGCUGAGAAAACUGAGCGUGGUUACAAAAGGGGCUACCAAGCAGAAAUGCAGGAUACUCUGUGAUGCCGUUCAGAAGCUCACUUGCCUUCGCUCACUUGAUGUGCAUGGUUCACUUGAGUGGCUGCAUGUUGUUUCCUCUCCCCCUCCCCUGUUGAGGAGUCUGAAGUUGGAUGGACGCCUUGGAGAGAUUCCUGGCUGGGUUGGGGAUCUGAUGCAUUUGGUCAAGCUUUACUUACGGCACAGCGAAAUAAAGGAAGAAGGUAAAAUAAUGGAAAUACUAGGGCCACUUCCCAACCUCAUGCACCUUCCUCUUGGAAGGGGCUCUUAUAUCGGGGAGAAGUUGGCGUUCAAAACGGGGGCAUUCCCAAAUCUCAAGAAUCUGGAUAUUUGUUUUCUGGAGCAACUGAGAGAGUUGAAAUUUGAGGAUGGCACCUCACCCCAGCUGGUAAUGAUACAUAUCAGUUUGUGCGAAUUGGCAUCAGGAAUUAUUGGAGUCAACCAGCUUCCAAAGCUCAAGCAGAUCUCACUUGGUCCCUAUGGUCAAGUGGCGAAGCUUGCUAUGCUGCAAAGUGAAGUGGACGCCCACCCCAACAGUCCCGUGCUGCGACUGUUCAAUGAACGGAGCCGCCAUGAUCUGGGGGACGUCGUCGCCCAAGUGGAAGAAGCAACGGAGGAAUCAUCAUCUCUCCAUCCUGAGCCUGCAGCAGCGGGAGGGAGCUCAGAAUCGGUGGUGACAACAAACGUCAGCCAAGACGAUCUGCUUUACACUUACAAUUCGUGCUGACUGAAAUCGAGCAAGUCUCCUGCCAGUUCCACCACAAGCAACACUCUGCAGGUUCCGCUGGAGGUGCAGGAAGAUACAAAUGGAGUACUCAGAAUGGUUUGACAGCUGCAAGAUACGCCAUAUUGUUUCUAAAUGUUUCUCUAUGCGCAGAACAUUCUGACAGAAUUAACAGCUGGGCGAAGACUGUUUCCUCCAAUUCACUGCUCCCGUGAUCUUGGAGCAAGCUACAAUGUCAUUUCCUGAGGACCAGAGCUAUAUAGUUGAUAAACGUGAUGUCAAAUCCUAUCUUCUUUGACUCCUUCCGCUUCCGGUUCAUUUGCCCGUGGAUCUCUGUUUGUAUGAUGCCAUGCUAUAUUUGGCACUGAAUCAUAACUGAAGAAUGACGACACCUGCUUACUGUAUAAGAUUGUGCACUGGAGAAUGCCGACGCCGACGAAGAGCAUAGCCAGCCAAGAUGACGUACUGUACACAUACAGGCCCGUCCAAUAACCAUGCCGCUGUAUAACUGCAUGAUCAUCAGCCAAGUGCCGUUAGGGGUUCAGACUUGUGAAGAAAAUCAGCAGCUACAAGUACACUUCAUCACUAAACGAAAAAGUGGGAACUUCCUGCAGCCUGCAGGCCAUACAAUCUGCACUGUAAGUCGUUGCCUGUCGUCUCCAAACAGAACUACUAGUUCUUUUUCAAAUGGAAGCUGACGCAUUUGGUGAAGCUUUGCUUAUUUGGCAGCGAAAUAAAGGAAGAAGGUAAAAUCAUGGAAAUGCUAGGGUCACUUCCCAACCUCAUGCAGCUUCGUCUUGAAAGGGAUGCUUAUAUUGGGGAGAAGUUGGCGUUCAAAACGGGAGCAUUCCCAAAUCUCAAGAAGCUCGGUAUUCGUGAUCUGGAUGAACUGAUAGAGUUGAAAUUUGAGGAUGGCACCUCACCCCAGCUGGCAAUGAUACAUAUCUGCUGGUGCGAGUUGAGAUCAGGAAUUACCGGAGUCAACCACCUUCCAAAGCUCCAGGAGAUCUCACUUGGUUUCGGUGGUCGAGUGGCGAAGCUUGCUAUGCUGCAAAGUGAAGUGGAUGCACAUACCAACAGUCCCGUGCUGCGACUGUACAAUGAACGGAGCGGCCACGACCUGUGGGACGUCUUUGUCCAACUGGAAGACGUAACGGGGGAAUCCUCAUCUCUCCAUCCCGAGCCUGCAGCUGCAGGAGAGAGCUCACAGUCCCAAGCAGUGGGCAUGGCGACGGCAAACAUCAGUAACAGCCAAGAUGAUGUGCUUUACACUUACAACUCGUGCUGAAUGAAUUGAAGCAAGCGUCCUACCAGUUCCACUUCCACCAUGUAACACAAGUACACAACUGGUUGUCCAAAUAAGCUAGUGCUCUGUGUAGUGCAUUCGGAUUGAGCUGAGCACCACCAAGCUGCAUUGUUGAUCGCAUUGUCGACAGUUACAAGAUGGGAUCCAACUUCAAGGGAGGCCAGAUGCUUUCUCCAUACGGCGAACAUCACGGUUGCAUUUCCUUCUAAAAAUCAGUAUGAGUACUGGAGAAAGCAACGGAGGGAUCAUCUCCACUUCCAUGGCCUACAGCAGCGGGAGAGUGAUCGUCGCAGGUGGUCAACCUCCUGCGAACGAGGAGCAUUAAGAGGCCAGCUAACUUCUAUUUCAUUCAGCAGUACACUAUUAAAUGAGAUUUUAAUUUCCACUGUAUGCAUUUUUUCAACUGAUAGAUUGUGUAUUGUUGAAAAAAAAACACUUAAAUCGCUCUCUGUCUUGUAACAAGAUGUUGUGUUGUACAUGUACAAUUCAGGCUGAUGCUAGUAGCUGGUCGUUUCCCUGGCUU